AUGAAAUCCGAAGUAUCACAAGGACUUCAAAACGGCGCUAGUUCCGUGCCAUGCAAGUCACGCCGUCAAGAGAAUAGUGGCUUGAAAAAGAUUGCCAAAAACAAACGCAACGGCAAUAUAAGAAGAGAAGAAAAGAAUCUCAAACAGAAAAUUUUGAAAAAGAAAACAGAAGUAAUGCAAGAUGCUACUGUUACUGAAUCCCCUUCUCACCCUUGUCGAUCUGUUGACGAGUUUCAAUAUGUCAAUAGAAUUGAUGAAGGAGCAUUCGGGGUUGUGCAUAGAGCAAGGGACAGACAAACUGGCGAAGAAGUUGCUUUAAAACAACUUAAACCAAUCAAUCAGAGGGAAGGACUCUCCAUCGCCGCUCGUCGAGAACUGGGAAUCUUACUAAAGAUGAAGCAUCCCAACAUAGUCGCAGGAGGGGGAAUUGCGUUCAAACCCCUUAGGCGAGGAAGUAUUCAUAGUCAUGGACUCUUGAGUGCCGUGCAACACCUCCAUGACCAUCAAGUGUUGCAUAGGGACUUAAAGACGAACAACGUACUUCUAUCUGGAGAUGGUGUUGUUAAGGUGGCAGAUUUUGGGUUGGCUAGGGAGUAUGAAUCUCCUGUUGGGCAAUAUACACCCGGCGUAGUCACACGAUGGUACCGUGCACCUGAACUACUACUGCUGUGUUCAGAAUACUCCGCUGCUAUCGACAUGUGGAGUGUUGGGUGUAUAUUUGCCGAACUCAUCACCUUGCAGCCACUGUUUCCCGGAAAAUCUGAAUUGGAUCAACUGAACAAGAUUUUCCAGGAACUGGGGACGCCUUCAGAUAUCAUUUGGCCCGGAUUCAGUGCUUUACCACUUGUAAAGAACAUAGUUUUCCACAACUAUCCGACAGGCGGUUUGCGGGAGAGGAUAAACUGUGGAAAACUUUCUAAUAGUGGUUUAGCUUUGCUGGAAGAAUUAUUAGCUUAUGAUCCGGCAAAAAGAAUGACUGCAACUGAUGCCUUAGGGCAUUCAUAUUUUAAAGAAGAGCCGGUAGCGAUCGAGCCUUCCGAGUUUCUGGACGUGGCCUGCUCUCUGCGCCGAUCUAGAUGA